AAGGUCAGUCCGGUGCUCAUGGCUUGGACAUUACAUCAAAAAGUGUGGUCCAGAGUGCUUGUUUCUCUUAAACUGUGUAAAUAAUCUUGUCUACAGUUCUCAAGAAACACAUGAGGAAAUUUAGUUUCUUCGCCAGUUACAUACAUCACUGAGUAAUUCAAGAGCUAAAUGUAGUUCAAAAAUGGAGACCGUGCCAUACCACCCCAUAGUGAAAGUGACCGCAGAGGAGAUGAGGAGGACGAGAGAAUUUUACAACCAGUCUGACACACGGGCGAUCGCUGAGAGCGUCAAAUCUGUGAGGGACUGGAUGGAGAAGCAGCCACAUUUGGCUGAGGCGAGCAGGUGUCUUUCGGAUGGUGUAUUAGAAAGAUUUUACUUACUGGCAAGAUGCUCAGUCGAAGGCACUAAAAAUCGAAUUGAGAAACUGUUUACAUCAAGAGGUUUGAUGCCGGAAUUAUCAUUGCAUAGAAAUAUUAAAGAAUUUGACAGACUUUUGGAUUGUGUAAACUACAUACCGCUUCCUAAAAUAAACACGAAGGACCUAUCAAGAGUGAUGAUCACCCAAUUCGUUACUGACAAGUUAGAGGAGUUCAGUAUACUAACAUAUUUCAGAUUAUGUUUUAUGAUUGGAGAAUAUAGACUUCACUAUGAUUAUACAUCCAGCGAACAAUAUAUUAUAGAUUUGAAAAACAUACAUUUCGGUCUCCUUACUAAAUUAAAUCCGAUUGUUAUUAAAAAAGCAGAAGUGUUGUGCACUGAAGGUUUUGGCACCAAAAUAAGUGGUAUCCAUAUCCUAAACGCGCCAAGCUUUAUCGACCGGCUGGUGUCUAUUCUGAAAGCAAGUCUCAAAGAAAAGGUGGCUAACCGCAUCCAUGUUCAUAGUACUUAUGAGGACCUGUAUAGCUAUGUGCCAAAGGAAAUUCUACCAAAAGAUUAUGGCGGAGACGAAAAGAGCUGCGCUAAAUUAGCCGAGCAAUGGAAAGAGGUUCUGCAUACAGAAGAAGCGGCAAAAAUAAUAGCCAAUACAGACAAAAUGGUAACCGAUGAAUCAAAAAGAGACGGGACUACUUUCAAUCAAGAAUAUAUGGGCAUGCCCGGGUCUUUCAGGAAAUUAAAUGUAGAUUAAAAUAUAUGUUUCACAAUUGAACAGGUUUAGACGGUAGCUGAAUGUAAUGUUAUGCAAAACCUUUAAGGUUUAGGGUCAGUGUUGCGCAAUUGCGCAUUGAUAAGUGUCCGUGAUGAAAUUUUAUGUAAUAAAUGAAUAAAUCAACUAAUAAAUAAAUUUAUAUUUUAUAAGUA